GGGCCGGAUUUCCUUAAUUUAUCCUUUUAAUAGGAAUGUAAAUGCCUUGAUGAUGCUGAACUGAACCUGAACCUGUAAGAAGGCCCCAAUUAAAUGUUGUUUUUAUAAGAAAAAAGAAGAAAAUAAAAGAAAAUGACUUCUCCAAACUUGCCAAUGGGAAUAUUCCUCUUCUUCCAGAUUGUAAUUGGAAUGCUUGGCAAUUGCUCAAUACUUUGUUAUUAUGUCACUUUCCUAUUCAGUAGAAAACAUUUAAUGCCUAAAGAUCUGAUUAUGGAGCACUUAAGUUUUGCCAACUGUUUGUCUAUCAUCUCAAAAGGCAUUCCACAGAUACUGUCAGAUUUUGGUUUUAAAGAAUUCCUGGAUGAUAUUGGAUGCAAAUUGGUAAUGUAUAUUUACCGAGUAACAAGAGGGAUGUCUCUGUAUGCAAUGUGCCUACUGAGUUGCUUCCAAGCAAUCACAAUCAGUCCCAGCAACUCGAGGUGGAUGAUGCUUAAACACAGAGCCGUGAAGUAUAUUGGUUCUUCCUGCUUAGUCAAUUGGUUUGUGCAUUUGCUUUUAAACAUCAUCACUCCAGUAAAAGUGACAGUCCCCACUUACAGCAAAAAUGUGACAAACAUGAAUAGUUAUGGAUACUGCUCAUGGUUUGCUCCCAGAAAUAUGGCAAUUGCACUGUAUAUGUUCUUACUGUGCUUCUAUGAUGGCCUGUGUCUGGGUCUCAUGGCCUGCUCAAGUGUCUAUAUGGUGAGUAUUCUCUACAAACAUAAGAGACAAGUCAAGCAUAUCUAUACUGCUCAACACUUUCUGAAAGUCUCACCUGAGGACAGAGCUACCCAAACUAUUCUCAUCCUGGUGUGCACAUUUAUCAUCUCUUAUGCAAUCUCUUCUAUACGUGUAAUCUUUACAACCUACUCCAAAGUUUCAGUGAUUUGGCGAGUAAGUAUAUUUAUAUUUCUAGAAAUAUGCUUUCCCAUAUUUUGUCCCUUUGUUCUUAUCAGCAAUAUUAAGUGUAGUUUCAGACUGUUUUUACCCUUCUGUGGUAAGAGCUAA